UUCAUGCGGUCAUGUGUGUGGUGGAGUGAUUUUAUUUAUAUUUUCCUCCCUUUUCCCUAAUAUUUUGAUUUGCAAAAUGUGAUACCCUGUUGAGUUUACAGCUUAAUUAAAAGGACAUGACGUGUUUCGUUGACGAAAGAAGAUGGAGUAGGAAAAUAACUAUGAAGGCCGUGGAAUCACUACAUCAAGAUGCUGUCUGCAUACGCCAGGUUCAUUGUUCGACAUUCUUACCUCGUUCUUUUCGUCAUAGGUGUGAUCUCAACUGUCCUCACAGUGAUACCGUUUGUUUGUCACGAACUUCCAUCAUUUUCCGAUCCUUUAGUGGGGUUCGAAACGCGCGGAACAACACUAGCGCACCGUUUCAUCGCCUGGGAGAACCUUAUAGACGAAACGAGACCUUCCAGGAGCCUCGCAGUCAACCCUCAAGAAAUAGAAGAUCAAAAACGCAUGAAUCGCACAUACUAUAAUAAAACCAGGCCAGACAGACCCAGAUCAGGGCAUGGACAUAAAAAGAAGAUGAGGAAAAAAAAGAAAAAGGUAAAUAAUAGUACUGGUGUGGAGAAAACAUGGUAUGACUCAACCGAGUCGAAUACUUCUAGCAAUCAUGUGCAUUGGGGAUUUGGGAAGAAUGUUAGCUUUGAAGAUGAGGAUACGAGCAUCAUCAGAGAUCACAUAAAGAAGCAGUGGAAGCAACUAAAGGAUAUGCAACGAGAACCAGAUGAACCCCAUCAAAGUUUCCCAGGAUCAUGUGGAGCACCACUGGCAGACUAUGCUCACUUAGUUGUCUCUACUUCAGAUAAUACUUCCUUGUUGACUUAUGAAAAUGUACAAAAGAUGUGUCAACUACAAAUGCAGCUUGAAGCAAUAGGUGAGGAUGAUUAUUACAGAUUGUGCCAAAGGUCGUCAAACUCUGAUCUCUGUUGCCCCAUUUGGAGUGUGCCAAAUUAUAUAGCUUUAAUAUCUGGAAAAGAUUCAUGUACAAAUUUAACUAGGAAUGAUGUUAAAAGCCUGAUAGAGAUAUUGACCAAAUGUGCUGGUUAUUUUCACAAUUUCACCCUAAUGGCUUCUUGUGAAUUAGGCAGAUGUAAAGUCCCUCUGUUCUGUUCUCAGUAUGAUGCAGUGUAUAACUUGUUGUUUUACAUGAUAGACUCUGAGGCAUUUUCUCCUCCAGCAAUGUCUCAGAGUUAUGUUAAAAAUGUAAUGAUGUUUUUACCAUUGCCCGCAAGUAGUACAAUAUUACCCUACUAUAACAAACUACAAAGUUCAAAUCUAUCUUAUGAAAAUCUUGUUAUACCUGCCAUAGAAUUUGGACUGAAAAAUACACUUUUCGACUUGUGGGUGAUUCAAGAUACAUGGUUAAUAGCUUUAGGGGGAUUGUUUGUAUUUCUGUGUGUGUGGAUUUAUACCAAAUCACUUCUACUCACUUUGCUGUUGUUUACAGCUAUUACAUAUUCACUUGGAAUAGCAUACUUCUUGUAUGUGUAUGUGUUCAAUUUGGAGUUUUUUCCUUUUAUGAAUUUACUAGUCAUAGUUGUUGUGAUAGGAAUUGGGGCUGACGAUGCUUUCCUCUAUAUGAAAGUAUGGAAAAUGGUUAGUAAGCAGCUCAUUCGAGACAAUGUGAUCAAUCAAGACAAUGGCUUGACUGAUAUUAAGAAUGUAUCCAGUGCAGGGGAGACUAUACUCAUUCAGAUAUUGGAAGAAACCUUGAAACAUUCGGUAGUGGCGAUAUUUGUGACCACUCUGACGACUGCGGUGGCGUUUUUCGCUUCAUAUGUGAGCUACAUUCCAGCUAUCAACUGUUUUAGCGUUUUUGCUGGGACAGCAGUUCUAGUCAACUUUUUACUCAUGAUUAGUUGGUUGCCUGCCUCUGUAUUCAUAGUUGAUGUUAAACUGUGUAGAAGUAAGAAAAAUAUAUUAGAAGCAUUGCACAAAAUUGCAAACGAAAUUUCAGAAGAUAUCAGAGUUAUAUUGAAUACAUUUAUAAUAGCGUGCGUAACGAAAUUGCACAUAGUAUUUGUUAUAAUAUUGGGUGCUAUAGGAAUUGGCAGCAUUAUCGUGGUAUUUGAUGCUCCUGGACUUCAGCUUCCAGACUCAAAACAGUUUCAGUUAUUCCAGACCUCUCAUCCAUUUGAACAGUAUGACAUUUAUUAUAGAGACAAUUUUCUAUUUGAAAGACUUGGCAAAAAUUUAGGCACAGGUAGCAAGAUGCCUGUAAGAUGGAUAUGGGGAGUAGAAGCCAUUGACAAUGGCAAUCAUAUGGAUCCAGCUUCUACAGGCCAUCUUGUGUUUGACGACACCUUUUCAAUAUCAGAUCCUGAUUCACAAGCUUGGUUGCUGGAUUUCUGUCGAAAGAUCAAAUUUCAACCGUUUUAUCAACAAACUUUGGGUCCUCUACUUCCAAAUUGUUUCAUUGAAACUUUCAAAGUUUUCAUGAGUCGACGGUGCAUCGACAAUAUCGAUAAAAUUAACAGGACGCCAUGUUGCGAGACAUCCCGGUUUCCUUACAAGAAAGAAGUGUUUAACUUCUGUAUCAUAAAGGCAAUGGAGUCGAUGUAUCAGACGCCUCGCGAGCUCUUCAUGCCGGGAGUAGCUGGGCCCAAGUUCUUGCGGUCUGCCUCUCCGCCGGUCGUGGCAGCCAUUGUUAUAGAAUACGAAAGUGUCGUCCCUUACUCGAUGUCUUACAGAGCAAUGAACAAAUUUUUCCUUCAUGUUGAGAAUUGGACUCAGCAAGAGCUGCAAUCGGCCCCUCCCGGGAUGAAGGGUGGUUGGUUUAUAUCGGACUUUCAGUUUUACGAUCUACAAAGAACUUUAGCUAGUGGUACUGUGAUGGCUUUAGUAUUGUCGGCUAGUCUAGGAUUCGUAGUCCUCAUUCCAGCUACCUUGAGUUUUGUGGUCAGCAUUUGUGCGCUUAGUGCUAUGAUAUUCUCUUCGACUGUAACAAUAGCUAUUUUAGUAAUGAGCGACUGGAAAUUAAAUGUUUUAGAAAGUGUAGCGAUCUCAACGUCCGCGGGAUUAGCUGUAGAUUUUAGUCUUCACUACGCUUUGAGCUACACCAAUGCAAGUGGAGCUAAGUCUGCUAGGGUGAAGUAUGCGUUAACUGCUUCAGCUGGGCCUACUGCAGCCGCUGCACUUACCACGAGUUUUGCCGGGAUAUUUCUCUUGCGUUCCAAUCUACUUCCAUACUCCCAAAUCGGGACAUUUCUUGCUUUAAUAAUGUCUGUAAGUUGGGUCUACGCUACAUUUUUCCUCUGUUCUUUGCUGCACAUUUUCGGUCGCAAACUUUCUAAAGACAAGGUUCCCACGGAGGAAAGAAAAUCGGUAUCGCGUGUUAGUUCAAUUUGUUCAGGCGUCCCUAAUCUGGAAAGCCAUGAGUUGGAGCACUUGGCGGACAGCAAUCGCACAAAUAUUACUCAUUCUCACAGUCCGUCGAGCGUGAGUGCCACCACUGUUGUCUUACACGACGACUAUGAACAUUCUCACACUAAGUUAGAAAAUAAAACCAGUAUUGGUAACGAUAUAGGUAAUAACACUAAUAACAAUGACUGAAUGUUGUAGGUUUAAUAAUUGAUACACUGCUUGCCGUCAGGUGUAUGUUCGUACUGUAGCAGUAUUAUCUACAUUUACACUUUACUAUUGUAUAAUUUUUGAUGUAUUUUUUUAUUUUACAUUUGUGCUUGUACAUGUAUGAUUGAUUGUUUAUGUAACUAAGUAUGAAUUGUUUUUGUUCGAUAGAAUCUCAUGAUGUAAGAUGCGUGUAUUUUAUAGGAUAUAAAUACAGCAGGAUAAAUGUUGACGGACUUAAGGCAUGACUAGAUAUUUUACAUAUUCUGAUUCUGGCGUCAUUUGACGUGACUAGUGACAUUGUGAUCGUGAUGAGGUAGUUAUGAUAUCGCAUGUGGUGGGUCAUACCCACUUGCUGUAUUUAUACCUAGAAACUACACAGUUUUAAGAUGUGACAAUAAUUAUCACAUACCUACGUAAUAGUUCAUGUGCGACAAUAUAGAAUCUAAUCGAGCUUAGCUUGAUCAUUGUUGUUGUGUUGCUAAUACUUUGUUAAAAUCAUUUUCAAAUUAAUAACAGUAGGGUCUGCACGACAACCGCGUCGCGGACGCGGUUAAAUAUUAACGCAGCGUACGUAUGCUAUCUAUGUAUAUAGAUGUCGUACGGCUAUUGGUCGAAGCCUUCGGUAUCGCGGUUGUCGUAUAGACCCUGCAGCUUCUUAGUAUUUAAAACGAAGUAAGUUUUUAGCCAAAAUGUUAAGUAUUUUCAUACAGUUUAUCUAUAUACUUAAUACCAUUAAAAGAUAGCGUCAGUACCUUUCAAUUUAUGUCAAUUGCAAAUCAUUAAAAUUGUUAUUCAUCGAAAUAAUGUACGUACUUAUACUAAAAGCUGAUGUUAAAUGUAUAAAUUGUAGAAUAUAUGUAGUUAAGUUUAAUUAUCAGAGAUCUCAUUCCAAUUAUAUUUCUUUGGAUGGAUAUUUACUUAUCAAAUUGUAGAAAACUCAACAGAGUAAACCAGUAUUUAGAAGUAGUCUUUUGUACUUAAUAUCGCAAACAAUAUAGUUGGAUUGGACUUCCAACCAUUGCCAAUGUUGCCAUAUACCUAUCACAAAAGAAUUAGAUAAAUGUUUAGAUUUAUAAGGACCUAUUAUUUUUGUGUAAGUUGAUGUUUCAGAUGUCUAUGUGAAAAGCUCACUAUGUAAGAAAAGUAUUAGAAUUAAAGAUAUAUGGUAUUUUAAACAUAUGUGAUAUUUUUAUAAGUUCACAGGUAUCACAUAAACAAAGACAAGAGUAGCAGGAAAUUAUAACUCAUAUUUUUGGUAUUACAAAAUUUUGCAAAAAGAAAAUGAUGGAAAAAGUCUCUUAUUUUUUAUUUGUUAAUAACUAGGUAAUGUACUUAAUUGAACAAUUACCGUCUAUACUAGUGAGAAAUAUUUUUAAUAAAAUAUAAAUAAUAUUUAUACAAAGCAGUAAAGGUGGAGAUUAUCAAAUGAGGAUUCAUUUUGCUGACGAAAAUGUUUAAACAAAACAAGUCAGCCUAACUCAGCACAUCACAAGUAUUUUACAAAUGUUUUCUUGAUAAUUAUUAUGUGCCAUAAAAUUAAAUACUUUACAUCAACUGACAAAAUGUUUAAAGAUCUGAAAUCUGUUACUUAAUAAUUAGUGUACUUAAUUAUUCGAAUAUUGUGUAAGAAAUGGAAUAAAAUGUUACUUUUUGUAA